ACGCCACCUCGCGACGCGGCCCCCAACCCCCACCGCUGCGGUGCUACUGCUACCGUGCUACACCAUCAGGAAUCGGACGCGGGACGCUACACCACCACCACAGCUCCCCACCUCCACCCUCGCCGCGAGUUGCUCAGUCGCAGACUCGCAGCGAGCGAGGCGGGGGCCUCACUCAGCGCGGGGCGAGGCGAGCGUCCCGGGUGGGCAGCGUCGCGGUCGCGGGCUCGAUCGGGUUGGGACGGGGAGGUAGGGAGGAGGGGCCAGGGAUCUCCACUCUCGUCCGUGCGGGAGCGCGGGCGUCGCAUGCGGCGGCGCGCCGGGGCAAAUGCUGGUAGCCUCACGGGCGGAGGAGCGCUCACGCUGAGGCGGCGGCCGGGGAGCGAUGCAGGCGCCGGAGCAGCAGCCGCAGCAGCAGCAGCAGCGGAGGAAGGUGAGGGGCAGGGCUCUCGUUUCGCAGUCUCGUCGUCGGUAGGAGUUUGGUUUCUUUCUCGUGGGGGUGGUUGGGGUGCGGGUGGACGCGCGGUCGUCUGGGUUGUUGUUGGCGUUUCAGAUCGGUUGGCCUGCCGGCUUGGACCUUGCAAGAAGAUGGCGGCUCUGAAAUACAUGUGAAACAAAAAGGAGCGUUCUUCGCCUCGAGUUUUCCUGGUCCUGGAUGUGCACGUCAGCCGGUUCGUCAGAGAUGGACUUCUUCAGUGAAUACGGCGAUGCGAACAGAUACAAAAUCCAAGAGGUCAUUGGCAAAGGAAGUUAUGGCGUUGUUUGCUCAGCUGUUGACCAACAUACUGGUGACAAGGUGGCAAUCAAGAAAAUACACAAUAUCUUUGAGCACUUAUCUGAUGCUGCCCGGAUCCUACGUGAGAUCAAACUGCUUCGGCUAUUACGCCAUCCUGAUAUAGUUGAGAUCAAGCAUAUAAUGCUGCCUCCAUCAAGGAGGGACUUCAAAGAUAUCUAUGUUGUAUUUGAGCUGAUGGAUACAGACCUCCACCAAGUCAUCAAGGCAAAUGAUGAUUUAACCCGAGAGCAUCAUCAAUUCUUUCUCUAUCAGAUGCUCCGUGCACUGAAAUACAUUCAUACCGCUAAUGUUUAUCAUCGUGAUUUGAAGCCAAAGAAUAUAUUGGCUAAUGCUAACUGUAAACUUAAAAUAUGUGAUUUUGGAUUGGCAAGAGUGGCAUUCAAUGACACUCCUACAACAGUAUUCUGGACGGAUUAUGUUGCUACAAGAUGGUAUAGGGCCCCUGAACUGUGUGGGUCUUUCUUUUCCAAGUAUUCGCCAGCUAUUGACAUAUGGAGUAUCGGUUGCAUUUUUGCGGAGAUCUUAACUGGGAAGCCUUUAUUUCCUGGAAAAAAUGUGGUCCACCAGUUAGAUUUGAUGACUGAUCUCUUGGGUACUCCAUCACUUGAUACAGUUUCCAGGAUUCGGAAUGAGAAGGCAAGGAGGUACUUGAGUAGCAUGAGGAAAAAACAGCCAGUACCAUUUACUGAAAAGUUUCCUAAAGCAGAUCCUGCUGCACUCAAACUUUUGCAGAGGCUUUUGGCAUUUGAUCCCAAGGAUAGGCCAACUGCUGAAGAGGCAUUGGCUGAUCCGUAUUUUAAAGGCCUCGCAAAAGUAGAGAGAGAACCAUCAUGCCAGCCAAUAACAAAAAUGGAGUUCGAGUUUGAGCGAAAAAAGGCGACCAAAGAGGAUGUCAAGGAACUUAUAUUCAGGGAGAUAUUGGAGUAUCAUCCUCAACUUCUCAAGGAUUACAUGAAUGGGACUGAGAAAACAAACUUUCUAUAUCCUAGUGCUGUUGACCAUUUCAGGAGGCAAUUUGCAAACUUGGAGGAAAAUGGAGGAAAGAGUGGGGCACACGCCGCUUCAUCAGACAGGAAGCAUGUUUCGCUCCCAAGGACAACCACAGUUCAUUCUAAUCCAAUCCCUCCAAAUGGAACCUCCCAGGUUCCUCAAAAGAUUCCCACAGGUAGACCAGGAAGAGUGGUUGGUCCAGUAAUACCAUUUGAGAACGCAGCUGCAGUUGAUCCAUACAGCCAACGUAGGGUCUCAAGGAAUCCAGUACUUCCUCCAACCACGUCGAACAUGUCAGCCUAUGCCUACCACCGGAAGUCAGACAACUCAGACAGAGAGCUCCAACAGGAGCUGGAAAAGGACCGCAUGCAGUACCAGCCAGCACAGCGGUUCAUGGACGCCAAGGUAGUAUCACAGAUGUCCCCUGACUUGAGGUCUUCCUACUACAUACCAAAAGGUGUCCCAAAGGCUGAUCCCGCAGAUAGAACCGCUCUGCAUUCUAGCAUGAUUCAUGGGAUCGCCCCUUUCAGUGGCAUUGCAGCUGUUGGAGGUGGCUACAACAAGGUCAAUGCAGUUCAGUAUGGAGUUUCUAGGAUGUACUAGUUCUAGUUGCAUUGGCCAUCUCCGAAUUCCUCAGCUGAUGAGUUGAAGUAAUAACAUGGCGAAGACCAGAUGUAGGUACCGAAGAACUGCCAUACCGGCUCUGAGCCAAAGAUAGAAAACAUGGAAUACGGAUCUCGGAUCGAGGACGUGUCCGUCAGAUUGAAAACAGAUACUGGGCAGCAGUCAUGGUUCUGUCCAUUGGACCUAGCUUUUCGGGAAGCAAUGCCAUCGCCCCGCGGAAACGGUAAAAUAAAAGGAGAAAAAAAAAUGCAGUACUGUCAGUUGAUUGCUGCUUAUAAAGAAGCAAAGGGGGCAGAGACGACGAUUUUUACAGGUAAAAUUAUGUACUUUGCAAGGAGGGAAACAUGUGGGAAUAAGUAGUGAGCCUACGUUUAGCUCUGUAUAUAAAGUGACUUGAUUUUAUAUGUACUAUUACGGCUGGUGAAACACGCUUCUUUAAUUCAAAGCUAUGGAGUUUUGGCCUAAAUACCAUAGGCAGCUCAGAUUGAUACA